AUGGCAUAUUCAGGAAAAAUUUUCGCAGUUACUGGUGGUGCGUCAGGUAUCGGACUUGCCACAGUCAAGUUGCUUUGGUCCCGCGGGGCUGCCUUAGCUGUGUCCGACGUGAAUGAAACAACUCUCGAAGCACUCGAAUAUCUGGGGGGGACCGCGAUUGGAGAAUAUCAGACACUUUCAACAACUGUUGUCGAUGUCACCAAAGCCAGUCAGGUCGAAGCCUGGGUGGCUAGCAUACUCAAACAGCACGGCAAGCUUGAUGGAGCGGCAAACGUGGCCGGUAUGAGCGACAGUGGCGGGCUCUUAGCGGAGAAAUCGGACUACGACUUCGACUUCAGUGUUAAUCUGAAUCUGAGAGGGGUAUUUAACUGCAUGAGAGCCGAGCUCAACAGCAUGUGCGAUGGCGCUAGCAUCGUCAAUGUCAGCUCGGCAGCAGGUAUCAGGGGCAUGGUUGGAUUUAGCCUCUAUUCGGCGGCCAAGCACGGUGUGAAUGGCUUGACGAAGUGCGCGGCGAAGGAAUACGGCCCCAUGGGCAUCAGGAUCAAUGCCGUAUGUCCUGGCAUAACUCACACCCCGGCACUCGACACGCCGGUGGCGAAGCCUGUCGUUCGGUCGCAGGUUGAAGCUACUCCCUUGGGUCGAUGGGCAGAGCCGGAAGAGGUGGCAAGCGUUAUUGGAUUUUUGCUAAGUGAUGAGGCCACUCAUGUGUCAGGUGCUAUUAUCCCAAUCGACGGAGGGACUUUUUGUUGA